AUAUAAAUAAUAUAUUGUCCGCCAGCAUUCUGAGCCACUCUCCUCCGUGGCGCGUGUCCGUUCCUCCUCCGGUCCGUCACCACCACCUCGCUAACCUGCGCCGCCCGCCUCCUUCUUCUUCCUCCGGUAGAUCCCCAAUUUUUGCCCUAACUGUAACGCCAUUUUUCCAAAUUGCCUCUGCUCUCCAUAUCAUGCGCAAUCUUCUGGUUCCGACCACCGCCGCCGCCAUGCCUCCGACCUCAAUUCUCGCCUCAUCCUCCUCGAUUUCCAAAUCCAAGACUUCUGCAAACCCUAGCCCUAGCAAUUCCCUUCUCUGUAAACACUCCCCUUCCGCCACCCUUGACCUUCUCAUUCUCAUACUCGUUCUCUUCUCCGGUACCUUUCUUGUAACCUCCUACUUCUCCUACAUUUUCAACUCUCUCUCUCUUCUCUUCUCUCAUUCCGCCCCCCAGCUUCCUCAAUUUCCCUUUCCCUUUAUUGUUGGGUUCUUGUUGUUUUUCUGUGUGACUAUUGGUGUGUUUGAGAUUUGUUGCGGCGCUAGAUCGAGGAAAUGCGCGAAGCCUGGAUGUAAAGGGUUGAAAAAGGCUAUGGAGUUUGAUCUGCAAUUGCAAACGGAGGAGUGCGUCAAGAGUGGGUCUAAGGAGAUUGAUAAAUUGCCGUGGAAGGGAGGGAGUGAGGCCAACCCGGAUUAUGAGUGCUUGAGGUCGGAGCUCAGGAAGAUGGCGCCGCCCAAUGGCCGAGCUGUUUUGCUUUUCCGGGCGCGCUGCGGCUGCCCCAUCGCCAAGCUUGAAGGCUGGGGGACUAAGCGCGGACGGCGGCAUAAGAAUGGGAAGCUAUGCAAGCAAGUUUCAGGGGCUCGAUUAGCAUAUCACAAGUAAUUUGUUUCUGGGCUCUGGCUACGCUGGCUCUUAACGGGGGAGGCGACCAUCGCUGAUGGUCUUAUGGCAACUUCAUACUGAGAAGACCGACCUUCCAUUUAUAUCUUACUUUCUCCUCCCAUCAUUUUACUUAUUUUUAGAUUCUCUUUCUGAAACAUAUGAAUGACUAGAGCUUCCUUUUAUAAGAAUACUGUAACACAGUGAAUAGAUAUUCAUUGUCAGACUCAGAAACAGGCUUCCCCCAUCCCUGCAUUAGCCUGGAAAUGGAAAUAUAUACCAAACUUACUGCAAAUAAAACAAUAGACAAUCAUGUUUAUGUCUCUUUCAUCUUAA